CCGGAGUCCCCUAUAAACUUCCGCACUACGAAAAGAAUUAAGAGCACCUACGCUAACGUGCCUCCCCCGGUUCUAAAAGGUCCUAGUACGCUAAUCACCGCCGUAUCGGCCGCUAUCCAGUCUACCUAUAAUAAAUAUUACCUCCGGAAAAGCUAUCUCCUACGCGGAUAUAGCCUAGACCCUAAAAAACUCGGGCGCGGAUAUACUCCCCACCGCCGAGUCCUAAUUACCCUUAAGCUAUCUCGGCUCCUUAAACGCCUAAAACUAUACUUAAUAAGGCUACCGCCUAAGCGGGCGCUAGACCUAUUAAUUACUACCUAUCUAGGAUACGAACUCUACCUAGUAGCCCCUAAGUAUAAAGGCGGGAUCCUAGUAUACCUAACUAAGAGGGAGCUUAAUAGCCUCUAUAGGUAUAAGGACCGGAAGUUACCUCCCUACUAUACCGUACUACUAUAUCUAGUCUUUAAGGUAGAAUAUAACCCUACUAUACCUAAAGUUAUCGAGUAUAUUACUAACCUUAAGUUAGGUCCUAACUACCUAGCUAGAGGCGACUUUAACAGGGAAGCCUUUAAGAACUUAAAGUUAGCGGAAGUAGCUAUACUACCGAAAGUUAGACGAAAGGAUAAGUCCUUAUAUAAGGGGGUACUCCCUAAAAGAUCUACUAUAGAUCUAGUAACCGCCUUUACUUAUAACGUAGAGGCUACUUUUAUUAGCGGUAAGAUAACGUCUAAGGCGCUUUCGAUACCCUACUUAGGAAGCGUCUACUCCCUUCCUUACCGGAAAGAGGGCCUAAUAUUCGCCCUUAAGAAGCUCGAAAUAAUAUAUAUUACGCGUAAAUAUAUAGAUAAUACCCCUAGGAUUAGAGUUAACGAUAACCUUACUAUUACCCCUAUUACUACCGCCGAGAAAGCUAGAUAG